UCUCUUUUUAUAAAGAACCCCCCUACCUUUUGUGGAGUUGACAACUACACCCUUGAAAACAUUUCUCGUUAACCCCCCUGGAAUAAGCGAGAUUAGCAGAUCGGACCCCGCAACGCUUCCCGCGGAAAGUUUUUUCUAAUCCACCCCCUCGCCCCGCCACGAUGGCGUCCACGUCCGGCCCACCAAAAGACGAGAAAUCAUCGGUCCGUUUGCGCGGGCAACGCGCCGCCGCGGCGCCACCCGGCGAUGCGUCGACCUCCGCCGCCGCCGCAGGCGGAGCCGCCGUUUCCCCACGCGGGGGCGGGCCACCGCGCCCUGGGCUGCGGGUACCUCGCUUGGGGCUCGGGGUGGUGCUGGACAGCGCGUGGGGGAACCCGCCGCCGCCUCUGCCGCCUAUUCGCUGGGAUCCCGACGAGGCGCUCACCCAGGGAGGGGGGCAUGAGCAGGGCGGAGGCGGAGGCGGAGGCGGAGGCCGCGGCGCCGACGGUUCAUCAUCAUCAUCACCACCGGCACCGCCUGAUGAUCGAGAGCUACAGGCGCAGAGGAGCUCUAAUCCCUCGGAAGGGAAGUUACUCGGGAGUAGCAUGCGUGCGCAUCGAGCCCACGCCAAGAAACCAUAUAUUAUCGGCCAACGCGCGUUCCGCGUCCGCGAGGUAGAUGAUGCCGUCAUGGAGAUCGAGAUGGCAGAGGCUAGGAAUAGGAUACCGCGGAACAAGGACGAAGAGUUGCCGGAGAUAGAGGAGGAGGAGGUGGUAGACGAGGAGAAGGGGUUGCUGAAUCCCGUUUCCGAGAGAACAAAUUCACCCGGGAGUAUAAUUCUUGACUAUAUCAUCAGUGUGUUCUUGGGUAGAGAAGGAAGUCUAGACAAGGCAACAAAGCCGUUACUUCUUGUGCAUCACCAGAAAUUUUCCCUGGCUUAUGCCCCUGAACAUUAUUGCCUACCGGGUUUGCGGGGAAUUAUUUCUUCAAAUUUUCUGAUCCUUCUUACUAAGUAUUCAGAAUUUAGGGUGGUGCGCGGAGAUGGGGAAUGUUUUUACAGGAGCUUCAUAAUUUCAUAUCUGGAGCAAGUUCUUGACAGGGAGGGGACAGAUGAAGAACAACGUCUUCUUGCUACUGUUGAAGUUAAAAUUAAACCAAUGGCUAUGCAAAUUAACUAUCCUGAACUUCCAACUGUAUUUUCCUGGGGCUACGAAUUUUUUAAGAAGCUGAUGCAGAACAUAAUUGGAUGGAAGAGCGGACAGAACGGUGACAGAUGUAAGAAGGAACUUCUCAACUUUUUCAGCAGUGAAAGAUUGUCGGAUGACAUUUUUCUUUUCCUCAGAUCAGUAGCAGUUGCCUGGAUGUGUGCGCACAAAGAUGAAUAUGAACCACACGUACCUGUGCUUGGAGAUGGAUACCCCCUGGAACUUUGGUGUGUCACCCAUGUUCUUCCACUUCGUCAGUACGCGGACCAUAUCCCGAUGAGGGCCCUGGCUGCCGCGCUUGGGGUGCCUCUCCGGGUGGAGAACCUGCACGGCGGACCAGCUCAUGACAUCUUCACCGACGAUGGCAUGAACACCCCUCGCGUCACCGUGCUGUACACCGGCAUCCACUAUGAUAUCCUUUACCCGCGCCUUUCUUCUUCUUCUGGUGGGGGCUCUACACAACGGGCUGGUUGCUUCUGGCGCUUCUGGUAGAAAAAUUUAGACUUAGAUGUUGUAGUAGUUAGAGCGAGCUGGAUUGUGGAUCGCUGCAGAUGAGUAUGAGCAUUGCUGAGCUAGGUGGUAGAAAAAUUUAGACUUUUGAUGUAGUAGUAGUUAGGCACACACCUGCCCAUGGGCUGAUCAAUUGUAAUAGUUCUUCAGUUUUCUUGAAAACUGUGACAAGGAGAAGAGAAACCUGUGUUGUGCCGGCGUUUGAAUCGGUGAUGUGAUGUGAUGAUCUUGAUUCUUUUUGCAACUUGUGAUUAAGUUCUCUUAUGUGCCUU